CGUCGAACAGAACGGACUCCGCACUCGCGGCACGAACUCGAGUCCAGGGUGGUGGGGUACCCGCAAUGACACCGGUGGCUCGCGUGCGAGGUCGCGAAAUCAGCGCUGUGCGGGCUCGCACAGCGAAGAAUUCGUCAAAAUGCUGUUAAACUUACCAGGUGCGCAACAUACCUCCGUCUCACACGCACGGUACUCAUUGAAAUUGACAAUGAUACUCCCGCAGCGCGGACCCACCGUCAAGUCCCUCGCGCGACGUCGUACGGGCGCUCCCAUCACCUGUCAAGUGUCUCCCGAUAGCGUGGCGCGGAGGACGGCUGCAGUCGACCGAGCUGGCAGCCUUGCCCCUCUGCAGCGGAGGGUGGGCGAUUCUCACCUUUCGGCGCUGGUGUUCCUGUCUCCCUGGUCGCGCAGAGUGGAGUUCCUGGGCACAACUUGACCUGAGUACCAGGGCACCCGCAACGACACCGGCAUCCAGAUCUCUCGCUCAGAUCUCUGCGCAGCGCCGGAUUGAGUGCAAGUCUGCGAGGUCGCGAGCACCUUUUUCGCGUGUACCGUGCUCACUCGGCCGGCAUAGAAGGACGUGGCCGUCCCGGGCAGCCGCCGCGAGCUCUCGCGCGGGCACUCCCAUCGGCUGUGGAGCAUCUCCCGGGAGCGCGGCGUGGCGGUCCGUCCCGGCCGAAGA